GGCUGACCUGUCAGAAGACCAAUGAGGGAAAGGCCAAAAUUUAGCAUAAUUGAUCUUAUUUUUUUACGUCGUUUCUGACCACAGUUGUCCGUCGCGGACUGCAAUUGACGGAGGUGUUCAAGAUGAGUGGGUUGCCGGAUGGAAUGGCAAAUGGCCCAAGCAGGAGUGAACACUUGGAGAAAGAUGCUCAGAUUUGGGAGAGACCAUGGAGUCUUGAAGAGAUGCGGCAGAGCAGUGCCAGUUGGUCUUUGGCAGCUGACUCAGGGCUCUUUCUGUUCCUCCAAGACUUUUCUCAGAAGAUGCUGUCAAAGACACAUGAGAUUGAAAAGCAGCUGGACAGUCUAAUUCGUGACACCAAAGCCACAGACAGCUGCUUGCACACUGUCUUUAAUGACUUCCUCAUGCUUUCCAAUACACAGUUUAUAGAAAAUAGAGUGUAUGAUGAAGAGGUAGAAGACACUGUUCCUAAGGCUGACGCCUUGGAGAAGCAGCCUGAGCAGGAGAAGACUCGUGAGCAGAAAGAGGCAGAGUUGAUCCCUAAGAUGCAGGAAGCAGUGAAUUAUGGUUUGAGAGUACUGGAGUCGGCCUUUGAGCAACUGGACAUCAAAGCAGGAAACUCUGACUCAGAGGACGAGGAGGUCACAGACAGAGUGGAGGCAAUCCUGGAGCCUAAGGAUCUUUAUGUGGACAGGCCUCUUCCGUAUCUGAUUGGUUCCCAGGCCUUCAUGGAACAAGAUGAUGUUGGACUUGGUGACCUCUCUAGUGAUGAAAUGUCAGUCGACAGUGACCGAGACAGUGUCAUCGAGAGUGAAGACGACCAAGACGCAGUUCAUUCAGAUGACGACUUCAACCAGGAGGAUGAUGAAGGGCACAACAAUAUCAAGAAGAAAUCAUCAAUGUUGAGUUAUGACGAAGAUGAAGAAGAGGAAGAUGAGGAUUCUGACAUAUUCGGAGAUUCAGACAAGGACGAUGAUGAUGACACACAGAACACAGGGCCAUCGUCCUUUGCUGAUGAGCUUGCAGCCCGAAUCAAAGGUGAACCUGUUAACAAACCAGAGGGAGAUCGAGCAUCAUUGGCAUCUAAGAAGAAAAGUAAAGGCAGAAAAGAAUCAAAGCCUGCAAAGCCAGAGGCAGCAGCUGAAGAUGACAGCGAUGACAUGUUUAAGCCACCACCUAUGGAUGAUGACGAGUUCUCCCCGUUUGGAAGAAAAAGUGGCCUCUUCAGUGGAGGGAAAGGCCUGUUUGACGACGACGAGGAGGGGGAUCUUUUCUCUGAGGCACCAAAACCCCCUGUGUCUGAAGAGAAGUCUGUGAAUGAAAGCGUGAAAAGCACAGCUCAAACUGCAGAACCUGGCAAGCCUGGAAAGAAAAUUCCACCGGGUGCCGUUUCAAUAUUCCCAGAUAACAGCCUGUUCAGUUCAGGGAAUGAGUCCGACUCAGUGGAGAGCAAAGAAAACGGAGCUCCGGCUACCAAAACCCCUGCCUCCUCCAAACAGGUCGCAAUAGGAGGUGGGCUGUUUGAUGAUGAGGAAGAUGAGGAUGACUUCUUCAGUGGUAAAAGCCUGAAGAAAUCAGAUUCUGCUGGACAGGAGAAACCCAAACCCAAGAAUGCUAUUGACCUUUUCGAUGAUGACGAUGAUGAUGGUGACAUAUUCAGUGAAAAGUACAGUGCACCAACUCCAGCUCAGAGCAAGAAGGAGGUGGUGGAAGAGCAGGUCAAACCACCUGAGAAAAAGAUGCCAGCUGGGGCCAUCUCCAUGUUUGGUCCUGGGACUAAAAGCUUACUCACUGAGGGCCUGAAAAAACGUCAACCAUCAACCAGCGAGGAAUCAGAGAAAUCUGAGGAGAAUGGACCUGCUGUAGAUGUGGGGAAAGUCAAACAGGCUCCAAAGCCACAGACCAGAGGCCUCUUCUCAGAUGAUGAAGACACACAAGUAUUCCCAACUAUCCCUAAGAGCCAGUCUAAGCCUGAACCCACAAGCCAAGGCAAAAUGGGCGGGGCUUCUUCAAUAUUAUUUGAUGAUGAGGAAGAAGAGGACCUGUUUGCAUCUGCAGCUAAAUCAAAACCAAAACCUAAUCAAGCUCAAGUCUCCACCCCGAAGCCCAGUAAGACUGUGUCCAGCUCCCUCUUCAGCGAUGAUGAGGACCAGUGGUUAAGUUCCAAAAGUAGUACAGCAAAGCAGGAGACCAAGACAGGGGGGAUGAAGCCCAGUGCCAGCGCCCCCUCCAGUCUCCCAAGUGCCAAAACAUCUCAAAAAAGCAGCCUUUUUGAUGAUGACGGUGAUGACCUGUUUGCUCCAACAAAAGAGUCAAGUAAUAAGAAGCCUCAGAGAGUUGCUCUUCUGUUUGAAGAUGAAGGUGAUGAUGAUGAUGAAGAUAGAGGAUCCCUCUUUGCCAUCAAACCUGCUGUCAGCACAAACACUGCAGCCCCAGCUGCUAAAACACCUGCUGUGGAUUCUCAACCCUCCUUGCUCUCAGAGAAAUCAGAAGCGGUUGCAGAUACUAAGAGAGCAGCAGAGGAUAAGCUUUCAGAGGUGGAGAAACCAGCAGUAAAGACCCCCGAGACACUCCCGUCAUCGCCAGAGAACAGUGAGAGUAAAAAGAAGCCUGCCGGAGCUGUCAGUCUUUUUGGAGGCAUUGACAUUCUUGCCAGCAAGCAGACCAAGAGCCCAUUGGAUGAAGAUGACAGCGACGACGAUGGCUUCCUCUCUAAAGACAGCCCACCACCAAAUGUUAAUAAGGAGGAGAAGAAGAAGGAAGAGAAAGUCAAAACAAACACAGUGAGUCUGUUUGAUGACGAGGAGGAAGACGAGUCAGAUUGGAAUGAUCCAAUAUUCACGCCCAGUAAACCCACGGCCAAAAACACACUAAAGCCCACAGAGGAGCGGCCACAGGCAAAGAGCACAGGUGUGUUCCAGGAUGAGGAGUUGUUGUUCAGUCAGACACAGCAGAAGGACAAUGACCCAGACGUUGACCUCUUUGCCACCUCAGGGAAAGCUACAAGCUCCAAGCUCAGCUCAGCGAAACCAGCAGCACCUAGUCUGUUUGCAGAUGACGAUGAGGAUGACCUCUUCAGCUCCACCAAACCCAAAACGCUUCCUCCGAAAGUAGCAGAGAAGCCUAGUAUACCUAAUGACAAGGCACCACUAGCAAGUCCAGAGUCUGUAUCAGAGAUUCAGAAACCUGCACCAAGCCCUGUAAAACCUAAAGAUCCCUCAUCAAGGAUUGGGAAACUUCAAGCCAAUCUGAUGAUCAACCCUGCUGCAUUGCUCCCUGGCGCUGCCCCCAGUAUGCCAGGGGCUAUAAGUGUACUGCCUGGUAUGGCUCCCAGUUCUUCUUCUGGGGUGUCCAGCUCCAGCCUGAGCCCAAGCCCUGCCACAACUCCUGUAGGAGCCCAGACAGACAGUGAAGCUGGAGUGAGCUUCGACACCCCGGUCCAGGUCUUAACAUUGCAGAGUGCACACAAGGGUCGUGCUAAAGGUUCUGCACAACGAAGACCCCAGUCCAGAGCGGCAAGGCAGCAAUCAGCCCAAAGAUCUGUGGAGAAUAAAGAAGUAACUCCGGGUGUUGAUGUCCCUGUGUCCAAGCCCAGUGUUUCUGGUUUAGUCUUACCUCCAUCAGACAUGUCUAGCCAGAAACAGGCCAGUCCGACACCACCGAACUCAAGUGCAACCACCGCCUCGCCCACCUCAUCUGCCUCGUCGGCCUCGUCACCUUCUCAACCGUCACUUACUGAAAUCUCUACCAGACCAUCUGUACUGACACUGCCGGUAUCCACAAACGCUGGAAAGAAAGACUCAAAUAAGGACAGCAGCAGUACCAAAGUGCUGCCAUCUUCUGAUGAGGAUGACCUUUUUGGCUCUGACUCUCUGUUUGGGGCUGCCUCAGUCACAAAUACACCCUCCACCAAGAAAACUACGAAGACUUCACAACAUCAAGAUGGUAGCGGGGCGACAUUAAAGAAAGACAAAGAUAAAAGCACACUCCCAUCCAUUUUUGAUGACAACAGCGUUGACCUUUUCCAAAAGGUCAAGCCAAAGUCAACCACAAAGAAAGCCAAGGCCUCGUCCUUUUUGGAAGACGAUGAUGAUGAGGACAUCUUUGGCGUGAGCAACACUUCGACCCCCACAUCCACAAGUAGUCAAGAAAUCAAGAGUAGCAGUAAUUUUUCAAAGCAGGACAUCUUCAAGGAUGAAGUAGCCACUGUGCCUAAAGUUCAGAAGAAGAACAAAGAAAAGCCCAUUGAUGCCAGCUUGUUUGAUGACAACAUAGACAUUUUUGCUGAUCUGACAGACACUUUUAAACCAAAACAGAAGUCCAAGGCAAAGGGAGAGACCAAGUCAAUAUUCGACGAUGACAUGGAUGACAUCUUCUCACCAAGCACAGUAAAACCAGUGACUAAGCCUCCCUCAAAAUCAAAGAAAACAACACCAUCCCAGGAGACCAGUGCAACAACAGAUUCAGGCGACAUAUUUGAUGAUCCACUUAAUGCUCUUGGUGGGAACUGAACUGUUUUUUAGUAGCCAGAUUUGUACAAUUCUUUUGUCAUUUGGAUUGCUGAAAGACUGGAGAUCGGAUACACUGUUGAUAGAGUAUUUAUUCAUAUAAAUUCAUAUAAAUACUGUGGCUUAUUUUUUUCCAUAUAAAGAUUCCAGUCAUCAUUCAAAAGCAUUUCCGAAAAUCAUCUCGGCAUCAGAUUAUAUUAUGUAACACUUAAAUACUGUUAAUCGUUAUUAUACAUGAUAGCACUUUAUAAGCAUACCAUAUGCUUAGCCUCAAAGCCUGCAGAAAUUAGCAGUAAAUUGUUUUGUUUGUUUUGACUAUGUUUAUCAUUUGGCUUUGCCAUAUUGAGAUUUCAUGUCUUUGGGUUUGUGCCAUAUCAUGGUUAUGAGAAAUCAAUGUGUUUACUUACUGUCUUAGGCAUUUUGACAAUGUUUUUAUUAAUAAGAAAUUCAUCCAUUUCUUAACUUUGGCUGUGAUGAAAAUGAAAUUCAUUUUUAAUAACUAAAAGGAAACAUAUUUUAUGCUAUCUGAAAUGUGUGUUUAUUUCCAGCUCAUUUGUUUUCAUGUGUUUUUGUGUCUGACAGAAUUUUAGAACUGUUAACAACAUUUAAAUUUGAGUUUUUGAUGAUUAUGGGUUAGUGUUUUUUUCCAAAAUCAGUAUUAAACUAAAAAAGGAGGAACUGAAGCUGCUCCCUUAUUAGAAUCUGAAGAGAAUGCAGAACUUGCCUGUCUGCUUUAUGUCGCCUUUUUAUAAGUGACGAUGAUGUUGGUAAA